ACUGCCAGCAAUUCAUAAUCACUCUGACUCUCGUACAGUGGUGAACGGUUAGCCGAUACUCGUCACAGAGACUCGAGCACGCCUUCUCUCUCUUUCUAAAGAAACAAAAAAAAGUGUUAAACAUUUUUUUCAAAAAAUCGGAGUUUGUGUAAAACUGUGUAGUUCUCUUCACAUUUCUCAAGUGUGAAAUUUUUGGAUUUAACAUGCAAAUGCACGAGCAAAUCAUGAUUGUCGAUGGACAAGAACAACCAAUCUCCAGAACUUAUCAAUACCGCAAGGUGAUGAAACCAAUGUUGGAACGUAAACGAAGAGCGAGAAUCAAUCGUUGUUUGGAUGAAUUGAAAGAUUUAAUGGUGACAGCGUUGGCGGGCGACGGUGAAAAUGUGGCAAAAUUGGAAAAGGCUGAUAUUCUUGAAUUGACAGUACGUCAUCUUCAUAAAUUACAAAGACAACAGAGAUUAUCAGCGAAUCCAGUGAUUGAUGCUGAUCGUUUUCGCGCGGGUUAUACACAUUGUGCUAAUGAAGUGAGCCGUUGUUUGGCAGCGACGCCCGGCGUUGAUGUUGCAUUGGGUACAAAAUUAAUGACACAUCUUGGACAUAAAUUGAAUUCAAUGGAUAAAACAGGACCAUUGACAAUUCAUGUAGCAGCACCACAAACAUCAUCAUCAUCAUCAAUUUCUGAUAGUUCCGAUGAAUAUUCAAUGCCAUUGACACCAGCAUCAAGUCAACCAUCGCCAGCAAGAUCCGAUAUUGAAGUUGCCUCCUCACAAACACAACAUCAUCACCAUCAUCAUCAUCAGGGUCUUCUUCGAGUUGUUAAACCUAUUGAACCAGUUUGGCGACCUUGGUAAAUCUCUAUUUUCGAAAAAAAACAUUCCCUGAAUAAAUUGGGAUUUGUUGCAAUUUACAAGGAAUCAAGAAGAAGAAGAAGAUUCCAGUGAGGCAAUUUUAAGUCUGUGAUUUGAUAAAGUGUUGGUGAAUUUCAAAUCAAAAUUUUAGAAAGGAUCGUUAAAAAAACGUUUCAGUGUUAAAAAAAAAGAGUUAAUCUUUGAGUAGUUUAUAAGUAGAAUUUGCUCAAGGACACUUGCGGUGAAAUAAAAAAAAAUAGUUUUGUUUUGGUUUUUUUCAUCAUCGCACGUAGAAUAUUUUGUAUACCCAGAUCUCGACACGUGUAACACGCGUCCACGCAUUAUAAGUGGGGUAAAGCUUUAAUUUACGCGACAGUUAGGUUUUAUCUAUUGUUUAUUUCAUAUAUAUAUAAAUUUAUUUACUUUUAUUGAGGAUUUAUUUUUUCUUAGCGCAGAAUUUGUCGCGCUCCGAAUUCCUUCAUUGUAAUACCAAACAUAAGAUUUUUCUCUUUACAUUCUCAUCAUCAUAAUGAGAAAGUAUUAUUGUAAUAAUUAAAUCCAAUGGAUUAAAUUUUAAAAGCGCGACAUGUUUUCAUUAUAGCUAGAACGUUGUUAUCCCUCUCCUCGGUCAACUCGACGAAUUAUUGUCAAAUAUGUAAAAAAGAAAUUUCAAUUUCUUUUAUGUUUUUAAUUGUGAAAAAAAUGACCGAACGGAGAUCAUGUGAUAGAGAAACAUGUACCUGUGAUAUUUACUUGUAGUGUACAUAGUAAAUGGUACAAGAUUUUUUAAUAAAAAACAAAAUAAUACAACAUA